UACAAUAUAAAGUCAUAUACAGUUUGAAGUGAGGGCUGCAGCUUCACACUGCUUCAUCACACUGACACAGAGGACUGAUGAAGAAGCAGAGGAUUUACUCCUGAUGGAGCACAGGGUCAGAUCAGCAGGAAGCUCUUCUUCUACACAGACCUGGUCCUCACAGCUGAUGGACUUCAUGAGCAGAAACUGAGUGGCUGCAGGUGAUCAGCAACAUGAAAAGAUCCCAGCAGAGAGAGGAGACUCCUGAACCCAGCUGUGUGUCCCUGAAGAGUGAUCAGUCUUUUGGUCGUCUGAUUGACUUCAAAGAUGGAAGCCGUUCUUCUGACCCGGUAGAGGACCAGCAGAGCUCAGAGGUUCCCAGAGGGCAGUCUGCCCAGCAGCAUCAGACGGAGAUGGACUCCAUCUUUAUGCUGCUGGAGGACAACAUCAUCACUUUUGUGAAGAGCGAGCUGAAGAAGAUCCAGAAGACUCUGAGAUCAGAUUACCCAGAAUACUUAGAGAGUCAAAGGGAGGAUGAGGAGGUGUUGGACGGUGAGGAUGAAGAGCAGAGGAGGAGCAGCAGAGAGGCAUUUCUGAGGAUCACACUGCACCUCCUGAGGAGCAUGAAGCAGGAGGAGCUGGCUGAGCGUCUGCAGAGCAGAAGUGCUUCUGGAGUCUGUCAGCGUAAACUCAAGUCCUCCCUGAAGGAGAAGUUCCAGUGUGUGUUUGAGGGCAUUGCUAAAGCAGGAAACCCAACCCUUCUGAACCAGAUCUACACAGAGCUCUACAUCACAGAGGGGGGGGCUGCAGAGGUCAAUGAGGAACAUGAGGUCAGACAGAUUGAAACAGCAUCCAGGAAACCAGACAGACCAGAAACCCCCAUCAGACAAGAAGAGCUCUUUAAAGCCUCACCUGGAAGAGAUGCACCAAUCAGAGCAGUGCUGACAAAGGGAGUGGCUGGCAUUGGGAAAACAGUCCUAACUCAGAAGUUCACUCUGGACUGGGCUGAAGGCAAAGCCCACCAGGACAUCCAGUUCACAUUCCCAUUCACCUUCAGAGAGCUGAAUGUGCUGGGAGAGAACCAGUACAGCUUGGUGGGACUUGUUCAUCACUUCUUCCCUGAAACCAGAGACGCAGGAAUCUGCAGCUUUGAUCAGUUCCCGGUUGUGUUCAUCUUUGACGGUCUGGAUGAGUGUCGACUUCCUCUGGACUUCCACAACACUGAGGUCCUGACUGAUGUCACAGAGUCCACCUCAGUGGAUGUGCUGCUGACAAACCUCAUCAGGGGGAGGCUGCUUCCCUCUGCUCGCCUCUGGAUAACCACACGACCUGCGGCAGCCAAUCAGAUCCCUCCUGAGUGUGUGGACUUGGUGACAGAGGUCCGAGGGUUCACUGACCCCCAGAAGGAGGAGUACUUCAGGAAGAGGUUCAGAGAUCAGGAGCAGGCCGGCACCAUCAUCUCCCACAUCAAGACCUCACGAAGCCUCCACAUCAUGUGCCACAUCCCAGUCUUCUGCUGGAUCUCUGCUACAGUUCUGGAGGAGGUGCUGAAGACCAGAGAGGGAGGAGAGCUGCCCAAGACCCUGACUGAGAUGUACAUCCACUUCCUGGUGGUUCAGUCUAAAGUGAAGAACAUCAAGUAUGAUGGAGGAGCUGAGACAGAUCCACACUGGAGUCCAGAGAGCAGGGAGAUGAUGGAGUCUCUGGGAAAACUGUCUUUUGAGCAGCUGCAGAAAGGCCACCUGAUCUUCUAUGAGUCCGACCUGACAGAGUGUGGCAUCGGUAUCAGAGCAGCCUCAGUGUACUCAGGAGUGUUCACACAGGUCUUUAGGGAGGAGAGAGGACUGUACCAGGACCAGGUGUUCUGCUUCGUCCAUCUGAGCCUUCAGGAGUUUCUGGCUGCUCUUCAUGUCCAUCUGACCUUCAUCAAGUCUGGAGUCAACCUGCUGUCAGAAGAACCAACAACCUCCAGGCUGCUUAAAUUCUUCAGAGACAAACCCAAACUAACACAUCUCUACCAGAGUGCUGUGGACCAGGCCUUACAGAGUCCAAACGGACACCUGGACUUGUUCCUCCGCUUCCUCCUGGGUCUCUCACUGCAGACCAAUCAGGAACUCCUACGAGGCCUGCUGACAGAAACAGGAAGUAGCUCAGAGACCAAUCAGGAAACAGUCCAGUACAUCAAGAAGAAGAUGGAUGAGGAUCUGUCUGCAGAGAGGAGCAUCAACCUGUUCCACUGUCUGAAUGAACUGAAGGAUCGUUCUCUGGUUGAUCAGAUCCAACAGUCCCUGAGUUCAGGACGUUUCUCCACAGAUGAUCUGUCUCCUGCUGAGUGGUCAGCUCUGGUCUUCAUCUUACUGUCAUCAGGAGAAGAUCUGGACGUGUUUGACCUGAAGAAAUACUCUGCUUCAGAGGAGGCUCUCCUGAGGCUGCUGCCAGUGGUCAAAGCCUCCAGGAAGGCUCUACUGAGUGACUGUAACCUGUCAGAGAGAAGCUGUGCAGCUCUGUCCUCAGUCCUCAGCUCCCAGUCCUCUAGUCUGAGAGAGCUGGACCUGAGGAACAACGACCUGCAGGAUUCAGGAGUGAAGCUGCUGUCUGCUGGACUGCAGAGUCCACUCUGUACUCUGGAGACUCUCAGGCUGUCAGGCUGUCAGGUCUCAGAGGAAGGCUGUGUUUCUCUGGCUUCAGCUCUGAGAUCCAACCCCUCCCACCUGAGAGAGCUGGACCUGAGCUACAAUCAUCCAGGAGACUCAGGAGAGAAGCUGCUGUCUGCUGGACUGGAGGAUCCCCUCUGGAGACUGGAGACCCUCUGGAUGGAGCCUGGUGGAGUCCGAUGGUUGAGACCCGGUCUGAGGAAGUAUUCCUGUGGACUCACACUCGACUCAAACACAGCACACAGAAAACUCAGACUGUCUGACAACAACAGGAAGGGGACACGUGUGAGAGAGGAGCAGCCAUAUCCUGAUCAUCCAGAGAGGUUUCACUACUGGAAACAGCUGAUGUGUAGAGAAGCUCUGACUGGUCGCUGUUACUGGGAGGUCGAGUGGAGAGGAAAGGUUUAUAUAUCAGUGACUUACAGAGGAACCAGGAGGAGAGGAGACAUGGAGAACUGUGUGUUUGGACAUAGUGAUCAGUCCUGGAGUCUGAAAUGCUCUGAUGGUGGUUACUCUGUGAGGCACAAUAUCAGUAAAACACUCAUCUCUUCCUCCUCCUCCUCCUCCUCCUCCUCCUCCCCCUCCUCCUCCUCCUCCUCCUCUGGUAGAGUAGCAGUGUAUCUGGAUUGUCCUGCUGGCUCUCUGUCCUUCUUCAGAGUCUCCUCUGACUCACUGAUCCACCUCCACACCUUCAGAACCAAAUUCACUGAACCUCUCUAUGCUGGGUUUGGGUUUGGGCUCAGUCCUGGUUCCUCAGUGUCUCUGUGUCCUCUGCAGGAGGAAGAGUCUCUUCCUGUUCCAGAAGCUUCCUCCCUGCUGCCCAGAUAGUUCAGUGUGUACAGGAUCACAGCUGAUGUUAGUUAGUUCCAGCCUGAUGAGUGUGAGGGCUUUUACUUUAUUAUAACAUCAAUCACAGUUGGUUCAUAAAGCCCAAUAUCACACAUUUUACAUCUGUCUCAGUGGAUUCACAGUUUGUACAGAAUACCACUCCCUCUGUCCUUGGACCCUCACAUCGGACAAGGAGACACUCCCAAAGAAACCCUCCCCCAACAGUUAACGGGGAAACUGAAGAAACCAUGGAGAGAGCAACAGAGGACUGUCCCUCCCCAGGACGGACAGACGUGCAAUACAUGUUAAAUUAAAGUGAUAACCAAUUUACGAUAGAGGGAGUGCAGCUGCAGAAAAAUGCACGUGUCUAUAAGUAAGAACACGGUGAAUCCAGGUGGAUGUGCCGAUAGGGCACCGGUUCCGACAUAAACGGUAGUAACGAGACCGAAUAAGAACGAACAUUUGCUAAAAUGUGUGAAGACCAUUUUUGUUUCACUUCGUAUACCAUUGUUCAUAUGAUGAAAUGAGUUGUUCUAUUUGGCUUUUAGUUUUGUUUAAUGUUUGUUGUGUGUGUGUGUGUGUGUGUGUGUGUGUGUGUGUGUGUGUGUGUGUGUGUGUGUGUGUGUGUGUGUGUGUGUGUGUGUGUGUGUGUGUGUGUGUGUGUGUGUGUGUGUGUGUGAGGACCCCAGGAAGAAUAGCCAACGCUUAUGCUCGUGCUAAUGGGGAUCCUAAUAAAGAAUAAGAAU